AUGUUAUCAUAUUUUAAUCCUAAAACAAUCGCACCAUCAGAACUGAAUAACAACAAUAUUUAUGCUUCUCAACCGCGGACUCUUUCAGAGAAAAUUGUGGCUUUAUCCAAGGCCGUUUCAGCUGCUGCCAAUGCUUGGAAAGAUGUUGUAACUGCAUUCAAAUCAAGUAGUUCUACUACAAUUACACGUAUUGUACGAUUUGGUUUUACCUAUUUUUCUCAGAAGUCAACAGUUUUAAAAGCAAUUGAUAUAUCAGCUGAUAAAGCAACAGAAUUUAUUAAUGCAGUUAUUAUCGAUUAUAAUUUACCAUCAAAAGGUAGUUUUAUGCUUGGUUUAACAUAUUCAUAUGAUUUUUCUUGGGAUCGUAUUGAUUAUCUUUAUUCACCAUCAAACAAUAGAAAUUAUCGUUCUUUAACAUUGUUCAAAAAUGGUGAUAGUUUAACCAAUACUGCUUCAUUUUUCAUUGUUGAUAUCAAUGCUGAUUGGCAAUUAGCACCUGAUUUAUUAUUAAUACAAACAUCAAAAGGUUAUCUAGGUGGUCUUUUCGAAAGUAACAAACAAUCAAUACAAGAAGUACCACAUGUUUUAACUCUGGAUGAAGCUGUCAAACUACAACAAUUCUUUAUGCUUGUGGCUAUGGGCAAUUUAGCUUCUACAAUAGGUGCUAAUGUCACUCUACCACAAUUGGAUUAA